CACGCGGUGGCGCGGCAAGACAAGGUCACGCGAUUCUUUCGCAGUCCUUCAGUCAAGAACGUCGCGGAGUCGGGAGGCUUCAACAACGGGCCGCGUCCUACGGCAUACCAGCACCAUGCCCGCUCACAAGUCCGUGACUACCCUGCAAACGAUGUGCAUUGGUUACGUGGCCAACCACAUCGACAGUCUAUGCGUUGACCAUGGCAAGCUGAAGAAGCUGGACCAACGGCUGUUUGACUCCAUUCCGACCGUACUGCCUGGCAACGUUGCUUGCCUCAACCAUCUGCUGAACCACAACCACCAUCUGUUCGUCGUUCGGAUACCUUUCUGGCCCACCAUCGAACUCGACAUGUCAAACCUCCUCAACAAGAUCGCUGAGCAGAGCGAAGGGCUGGUGGAACUGCGCAUCCAUGCCUUCAUCGCCGACGCCUUUGUCUCGGACGUUGUCGCGACCCUCUCAAGACUGCCGCGACUCCAGCGACUCACGCUCAAGCUGGUAGUGGUCUCCGGGGACCUCAUUACCGCACUCACGCAACACUGCACUGAGUUGACCGAGGUAACACUGAGUGGCAGCUGCCUCACGGAGGACUGUCUCGACCUGUUCUCCACGUGUAUUAACAUCGAGGUCCUCAUAAUCAACUGCGUCAUCGCGGACCCUGAUGCCACGGCAGCACGUUCCCUCCAAGUACUGGCCUUACCUCGUCUGCGCAUCUUCAGGUGCGACAUCCUCACGCAGGCUCUCAGGUUGCUCGACCUCUCCAUCAGGCUCUCUCUCACCGAGUACGUGGAAAUGAAUCAGAUGAACCUCCAACCCAUCAACGCCCUCUCACACGUGCUUCACGUCUGCCCGAUGCUAACGACCCUGUACCUGCACCUGUUCGGCAACGAGGACGUGGAAGGCAUCGAGCUUCUAAUUCAUCUCCGGGAGUUGUCGCUGUACCUCUGGCCCCGCGGUUCGGGCAUCGCCUUCAUGAUAGAGUUCCAGCUAGUACUGAGAGCGAUCGGAGGCAACCUGAAGGUCUUGCGGCUCUGGUUUGCAAACCUGGAUUUCACCAACAUCACCACACACUGCACCGCACUGGAGGAACUGGAGGUUUGCCACAUCAACUGGAUCCGAAACUUCGACGGCCGGCAGCUUGCACCUCUGACGCGUUUGCAGACCUUCAAGCUGUCCCUGACGUUGUAUCCCUUCAUCAAAUCGCCCGUUCCUGGCUUAAUCCUUACCGCGUUCCGCACAAAAUUGAAACGCAUCGAGCUGGAAAAGUGUCACCUCAGCGACUACCAGUUUGACCUGCUUCUCAACACCGGGAGACUGGAUGACCUCGUGGUGAUGCGCUUGUCCAGCGUGUGCUGCUUGUCUAUUCACAGUCUCAGGAGGCUAAUGGCGAGACGUGGUGGUGCUUUCAAACUUCUGCACGUGUUCUUGUGCGGACGCAUUAGUGAGGAAGACAUCGACGGCCUUCGUGGCAUGAUCCGAGAUCUCAACUUGGACGUCACUGUUCUCACCGACUAUCUUGAGUUUAGUUUUUUCUGAUGUAUCAUGACGCUUGUAGACUUAACGAUGUCAAGGUAAUUGAUGUCGUCGUAUGCGGAAAAAAGUGUGCUGUUUAAAUGUCCUUUAAUCGCGUAAUAUUUUAGUCAACGACAACCGGUACAUUUUUAUGAAAUGAGCCGCGCAGAAAAAUAAUGCUAAAAAAGUUUUAAAAGUACCUUGAAACAAUAGCGAUUAGUGUAAACCUAGAGUGAAAAAACUAUUCGCCAACGGGGGAAGUACAAUGUCUAUUGGACCGUAAUAAAUAUGUGCCAACCAAUGGUA